AUGGCAGUCAGACGACAUUUGCAGCGCCGACGUCGCCGUCGAAAUUCCAUUUUAAGAAGAAUGAACGACCGUUCUAAUCCACUGGAAACUUUUAAUGAAGCUGAGGUAUUUGAAAGGUACCGGUUUGUCCCAGAAACAAUUAUGUUUAUCGUUGGUCUUAUUCAAGACCAACUGCUUUAUGACAGCCAGCGGAACAACCCCCUCACACCCUUGUACCAGGUUUUGGUUGCCCUCCGGUAUUUUGCAACGGGGUCAUUUUACAUCACUCUUGGGGACACUUUGUCUGUAUCCAAGAGUACGGCAGGGAGAGCGGUGCGCAGGGUGACAGACCUUCUAUGCACACAGGUCAGACAAUUCGUUCGACUUCCUGACAGAAAUGAAUCUAUCUGCAUUAAAUCUGCCUUCCACAAAAUUGCAGGAUUCCCAAGUAUUGUUGGAUGCGUGGAUGGAACCAUGAUAAAAAUUAUUGCUCCAGCUGAAAAUGAAUCUGAUUAUCUAUGCCGUAAAGGUUAUUAUGCUCUUAAUAUACAGAUGACAUGUGAUCCACAAUUUAGAGUCCUUGAUGUUGUAGCAAGGUGGCCUGGGAGUGUCCAUGAUGCUCGAAUCUUUAGGGAAUCGAGCUUGUGCAAAAUGAUGGAAGAAGGACAGCUAUCAGGGAUUCUCCUUGGGGAUUCAGGAUACGGCCUAAAACCGUAUCUCAUGACCCCUUACAUGGCAGAGGAUGCCCCUAGGAAUAGGCGAUUAAACACAGCACAUUGCAGAACAAGGGUUAUCAUAGAGCAGACCUUCGGCAUUCUUAAAAAAAGAUUUUAUGCCCUCCACUGUGGCCUUAGAACCAAGCCGGAGAGAGCUUGCAGAAUUGUAACAGCAUGUACCAUCCUUCAUAACAUCGGCAUUGAGCGAAGGGAUAUUCUUCAAGAUGCCGAUGUUAUGAAUGAUGUGUGUGCCAUGGCUGAUGACCUUCAAGUGCAAGAUGAUGCUGUUGGACGCACUGAGGGACCAUAUCAGAGACACUUACUUCUUAUGAAGAUGGUAAAUCUAUUUUCUUAA